GAGAGAGAGAGAGAGUUUUCUUCAUCUUUCAGGAAAAGGAUUUUACAUAAAAAAAUUUCAGAUUUAGGAGAUAUAAAUAAGAUUGCAUGGGUCAGCUCUCUCGUUGAUCUCGACAUGGCAGCCCUUAAAAUCACCAAAAAACACCACAAACACCUUAAUAACCCUUUCCCGUCGACCCCAACAGGCCUACCUUCCAUCCGAGGAACUCUGUUUUUCAAUUCCAAAAGAGUGCCUUCACGCCAAAUCUUCUCGAUCGGGGAGGACUUCCAGAUUCUUUGGAGCUCCAAUCAUGGUGGUUAUAUCUCAAUUUAUCAUCAAUCAAGUCCUUCUAGAUCCAUAUGGUCUACCAUACCGGGCCAAGCCUUUGUGUCUGCUGCAUUAGCCGAAACGGAGGUGGAGGAAAGCAGGGGAUCUUUUGUUGUGAAAGAUGGAGAUGUUCAUUUGGUUUGUAAUGAUCAAACCAUAGAGGACAUAAGAGUGAUCGAUAAGUUUGAUCGUUCUUUAGAGGGUAAAUAUCAAGAUUCCCCAUCUGGGUAUCCGUGGUUUGAGCAGAAAAAAGGUAUGAAUGGCACCAAAUUCCCUAUUUUGCUAAUAACUGGUUCGAUUUUCAGCAUGAAGAAAAAUAAAAGGCAAUUUUGGAAAGACGGAACUGCUGCAGAAAUACAAUUCGAGGACAAGGAACCUUCAACUUCUGCGAGGUAUUGGGUUUUGUUUGAGCAGAAGAACAGUAAUCAGAUUGGUUUCCAAGUGAUGCUCGGGCAAUCAAACUUUAAGCUAUACCCAAAACCCUCCUCAACAGUUUCAGGAAGAUACCGGAGGUUUAGGCGGAGGCUGGGGCUGAUAAAGAAACGGAUGCUUGGUUUCUGUUGGUACAUUUCAAGGCCGAGAGGGUAUGUCAUAGUUUCCUCAGCAGAGGAGGAAAUAGAAGAGUUGAGAGUUUCAGAAUCCGCGCAGUUCAACAGGGUCUGCUUGACCUAUUCGAGUGAAGCAAAUGAAAGAUUCUAUGGUUUUGGGGAGCAGUUCUCACACGUAAAUUUCAAAGGCAAACGGGUACCUAUUUUCGUUCAAGAACAAGGCAUCGGAAGAGGGGAUCAACCAAUUACUUUUGCAGCUAACUUGGUUAGCUAUAGGGCUGGUGGUGAUUAUAGUACAACUUAUGCUCCUUCUCCAUUCUAUAUGACGUCCAAAAUGAGGUCUCUUUACCUUGAAGGAUAUGAUUAUUCCGUGUUCGAUCUAACGAGGCAUGAUAGAGUUCAAAUUCAGGUAUGGUGGAUCUUACAGCCAUAAUGAAAACCUAAAAUUGUAUAUUUGUUUGAGUCAAAGUGAUUCAGAUACUCUUUUCUAUUGACUAAAGGAAUUCGGAUAUCAAUCAGGAGAAUGCUGUAAUAUUU